AAAACUAGGGGGGCUAAGUGCAUUUUAUCCUUUUAAAUAUUUUAUUCAAGUUGCAUAUAUGUUUGGAGGAUGUGAACUGCAAUUAAUUAUUUUUAAGGGUGCAAAGAGCUAAAAUACAACAUUUUAAGGGUGCAAAAUCUAAUAAUAUAAAAUUCCCGUUGAGAUAUAUCAGUCGCGGAAUUGAGCGGUAUCAUUCAAAAUCAAACCCUAGAUCGGUCUCCAAAAGGGGAAUUCUACAAUUUUGAAAGAAAACAUUAAUCAAUUUAUGGGCGAUUCUCCACCAUCCCUCCACCGUCCGCCGGCGCUGUCGUCGCCCACCGCGCCGCCGCAGAAUUCGCCAUCCGCUCACCAUGGACGGGAUGUAAAUAAAGAAGAAGGAAACUCACAGAUGGCUGUGCGCAAAUUCGACCGAGUUUAUGUCAGGAGAUGCAAAAAGAAGACCAAUUCAACAAAUAUAGAGUCUCUCCCAGACGAAUUGAUAGUCGAUAUUCUUCUCCAUCUCUCGGCUCAAGAUAUUUACGAUUCUGCCAUGUUCGUUUGUCGAAAGUAGUACGAUAUGAUCCGUACCCAUACCUUCAUAUACGGACACCUUCGCAGUUCAACUCCCGGACUUGCCAUCCAGAGUUUCGACGACUACAAUCGCGCACUUUUUAUGUCGAUCGGACGAGGCGGAAUCGAGGUAUCGAAAUUCGGCUGCGACUUCAAAUGGGCGUUUUGGUCGAGUUGCAACGGUUUGGUAUUGCAAUUCCGCGACACCCUAGACUCCGAUAGUUGUUUCGUUGCGAAUCCCAUAACGAAGCGGAAUUUCCCCCUCUCCGUAUCCCUUUGUCCGAAGGUGCAACUCUAUCGUUAUAGUAUAGCGUAUGCGGCAGCUUCGAUGGUGUAUAAAGUUGUCCACACGUUCCCGUACGAGCAAGAAGAAGAUGUAGAAGUGCAAAAAUGCGUUAUAUUGACUGUCGGAGUUGACAAGCUUUGGAGGAGUGGUUGUACCGAACACUUAUCUCCCAUAAAUCGAGAACUUUUGAAGGAGGUGCCGUUGACUACCGAAGGUUUUAUUCAUUGGACUAGGCCAACAGGGAAUCAUAUUUUGACUUUGAACAUAGAGACCGAAGUUAUUACGGAAAUACCCUUCCCUCAGGGUUACGGACAAAGAUUAUUCAAGUAUUGUUUGUCGACGGGGAGCACUCUAACUUUUCUCACUCACGGAAGUGGAUUUUCGUGGGAGGUUUGGGAGUUGAAAACGAGAACGGAUUAGAUGGACGAUGGUGAACAGAUUGACUUGGGAAGCGCAAAGGGCAAAUUUGUAAA